AGAAAGUUAACACACUCUCGUGCUACAGACGGAGCCACACACAGCUGGACCAGUACGCGAUUUCUCAUCAAACUGAAUCUCGUCGCGUGGUCCGUGUAAAUAUACCCGGUGGAAAUUGUCUUGGGAUUGUAAAAUUAUCUUCGCAUUUCGCAAAUGAAAUACUUCCCCCUUCCCCUGAGUUUAUUAGCCUUCAACAAAUAACGGUCAACUGGAGAACGGGAGUCUGCACUCAAGGUUUAAUACGCGUGCUACCGGUGGAAUACAUUAGCUAAUUGUUUUCGAAUGUGUCGUGCAAUGCACGACUCUACCUGUGUCAUACAUGUAGUUAACAUGUGAGACCUUUACAUCGGAUCAAACUUCGGCCCCGUGUUGGAUACGCACAUUUUUAAUUCACCUCUGUAUUCGGAUUUUGUUCCAAAGAAAAACAACACGUUUUGCGGAGGUGUGCAAGUCUGACCAGGGGAAAGGCAUAAAAGUCUGUCUGCUGCACCGAUGAUGAACUCCGUUAUUCGUCGUUAACGUCUCACCAUCUUGAACUUUGUCUCAUCAGCACUCGGGAUAUUUAGACUGGCAUAUUUGGGGCAUUGACUCAUCACAUUAUAACUGUUUUGCCGUUUACGCACCGUUUUGUUCCUAAAGACUUAAGCUGUUUUUUGUUGUUGUUUUUUUGCUCAUGGGAUGAAGUACUCCUCUUUGUUUUUCUUUCCCCGUUCUUAAAUGGCACCCUACAUCAACAUGGGGAGCUUCAAUCUGAGGAUUGCGAUCUUAUUAUGGUGCCAACACAUUAUAGCCGGCUUCAGUCUGGAGAUAGGAGCCUAUGAUAUAGAGCGGGGCAGACCUGCUAAAUGUGAACCCAUCACCAUACCCAUGUGUCAGGGCAUCGGCUACAACAUGACCCGGAUGCCCAACUUCAUGAAGUACGAGAGCCAGACGGAGGCUAGCAUCAAACUCAACGAGUUUUCCCCUCUGGUGGAGUACGGCUGUGACGUCCACCUCCGCUUCUUCCUCUGCUCCCUCUACGUCCCCAUGUGCACAGACAAGGUGUCCACCACCAUCCCAGCCUGCAGGCCCAUGUGCGAGCAGGCCCGGCUCAAGUGCUCCCCCAUCAUGGAGAAGUUCAGCUUCGGCUGGCCCGACUCCCUGGACUGCUCCAAGCUGCCCACCAGGAACGACCCCAACUCCCUCUGCAUGGAGGCUCCGGAGAACCACACCAAGCUGGAGACCAAGAAGGGUGAGGGGAUGCUUCCGGUUCCCCCCAGACCCAGGCAGCCCUCGGGCGGCAGUGGAGGACGCUCCGGGGCCAGCCUGGGCAACUGCGACAACCCCGAGAAGUUCCAGUACGUGGAGAAGAGCCAGUCGUGCGCGCCGCGCUGCUCCUCGGUGGUGGACGUGUUCUGGUCGCGGCGGGACAAGGACUUCGCCUUCAUCUGGAUGGCGGUGUGGUCCACCCUGUGCUUCGUCUCCACCGCCUUCACAGUGCUCACCUUCCUCCUGGACCCCCAGCGCUUCCAGUACCCCGAGAGGCCCAUCAUCUUCCUCUCCAUGUGCUACAACGUCUACUCCGUGGCCUUCAUCAUCCGCUCCGUGGCCGGAGCUGAGAACAUCGGCUGCGACCGGGAGAACGGCGAGCUGUACAUCAUCCAGGAGGGCCUGGAGUCCACGGGCUGCACCAUCGUCUUCCUCAUCCUCUACUACUUCGGUAUGGCCUCGUCCAUCUGGUGGGUGGUCCUCACCCUCACCUGGUUCCUGGCGGCCGGGAAGAAGUGGGGCCACGAGGCCAUCGAGGCCCACAGCAGCUACUUCCACAUGGCCGCCUGGGGCGUCCCCGCGCUGAAGACCAUCAUCAUCCUCACCAUGAGGAAGGUGGCGGGGGACGAGCUGACGGGGCUGUGCUACGUGGGCAGCAUGGACGUCAACGCCCUGACCGGCUUCGUCCUGGUCCCGCUGUCCUGCUACCUGGUCAUCGGCACCUCCUUCAUCCUCACCGGCUUCGUGGCACUCUUCCACAUCCGCAAGAUCAUGAAGACGGGCGGCACCAACACGGAGAAGCUGGAGAAGCUGAUGGUGAAGAUCGGCGUGUUCUCCAUCCUGUACACCGUCCCCGCCACCUGCGUGAUCGUCUGCUACUUCUACGAGAGGCUCAACAUGGACUACUGGAAGUUCCGCGCCCUGGAGAGCAAGUGCGUGUCGUUCCCCGGCCGCAGGAACGAGGACUGCUCCCUGGAGGCCUCCAUUCCCUCUGUGUCCGUGUUCAUGCUGAAGAUCUUCAUGUCCCUGGUGGUGGGCAUCACCAGCGGCGUGUGGGUGUGGAGCUCCAAGACCCUGCAGACCUGGCAGGGCCUGUGCAACAGGAAGCUUGCGCUGCGGACUAACAGGAAGCCCUGUGGCAGCGUGACCUGCGGCGGCUCUCACUGCCACUACAAGACUCCCGCCGUGGUGCUGCACAUGUCCAAAACAGACGCAUAUCUAGAGAGCCCCGCACACGUGUGAAGGAAGCUAAGAGGCGCCUGGUGUUCUGCCAGGGCGUGUUGACUCUAUGCCACAGGUAAACGAAGCUGUGUUCUGUAUAAAGUGCUCAGGUUGGCGUGUUUCAGAUGUUAAUGUUGCCUGAAAGAUACUUUUUUGGUGUGUUUUAUGGUUCGCUUGGCUUGCAAUCCCCAAUCGCUUUGGAUUGCCAGCAAAUGACAAAGGGAGAAAGGGAAUACGUGUUGGGUAAUUUUUCACAAAUCUGGUUGUUUCUGGUCGACUAAAUCAACAUGAAUGCAGAAGCUAUCUUGCAUGAAUGUAUCAACAUUUGGUAUACUUUCCUUUCUUUGUGUGUUUAUUUAUUGUUGGAUAUUUAAUUGCUGGUUAUAAGUUUUGUAUGUUGUAUAAAAGUACAUGUAUUAAAAGAGUGAUUAGUUUUGAAUAUUGGAACUGUUCAGAUGUAAAAGUGCCUUUGAAAAGAAAUACAUAUUUUUCUGCAGAAACAAAAUAAGGCAAAUAAAACAUAUUUAUAUUUUCAA